AAUUUGAGACAAAAAAAUUAAGUUUUUUUUUUCCCUUAUAAUUUGGGACGGAGGAAGUACACUAUAAAAAUCAUUUUAAAUAAAAGUUAAAACAAACGCACUCAGCAAUGAUUUUUAGUGUAUGAACAUAUCUAAAAUUUCAUAAAUAGAGGGACUUGUAAAAAUAUCAUUGACCUUGAAUUUUCUUGGCAUUGAAGCAACGUCUCUAAUCUCUAUUUCCAACGGUAGAUUCUUGUGUACCAUACGCAACUCAAGUUGUUGCUUAUGCUGGUGAACUAGUUUGUUUUUUUCUAUUUAGUAGAAUCCCAAAAUAUAUGAAAUGUAGAUUUAAGCCAACAAAACUCCAAAGGGCAAAGUCCCCAACGGCACACUAACUUUCAUCCACACACAGAAUCAAACAAAUUGGUAAGCCAAUAUCGUAGUACUAUUUUGGCGGAUGGUGUUGGCAUUGAUAUCGAAUGCAGAAGCUCACUCACAAGUCACAAGUUUGUGGCAGUGAUAUGAUGGACCCAAUUGUAAAGAUAAAGUUCCUUGCUUGAGUGGUGACCAUCAAGAAAUCUCUUUUUGUCAUUUUGAUUUGAACAUUACUACUCAAUACAUAGUCUUUUAAAAAAUAAUAUAAAGUUAAAUUAGACAAGCUAGAAAGAUACAAAAUAUAAUUGUGGUUGUUUGGUUUUAGGGGCGUAGCUAUGUGUUAGGAUGGGGUUUCUUCAGGAUUUGGCCCGAACUGUUCCACAGAUUCCAUGAAACAUCAAUUUCCUUUUUGUAGGAUACCCACUUUGUAAAUACAUAAAUAUGACACUAAACUUAUUAAAAUGUAUUCCCUCUUGUCUUUAUUAUAAGAAAAAAUCCACCUUUUAAAUUUAUAGGAUAGGAUGUUAGAUAUAUCUGGUUCAUAUUAUAGGAUAGGGGAAUAUCUUUUUAUAUAUCUUGAUCGGUUGAAAUUGAAUGCCAGCAGUAAAGAAAAGUUUGAAAUAUUUUGAAAGAAUCGUUGGCAUGUACUAUAUAUUACUUGUUCUUUUAUGCAUAUAUUGUCACAAACUUAAUAUUCUCACGAGGAAAGCGUGCUCUUUUCCCUUGAUAUUUUAUUAUUAUUUAUUAUUAUUAUUAAGUAAGCAGUGGUAUGCUUAGCCUCUCAUGUCUAUAACAAUCUCUCAUAUAUAACAAACUCUACAUUCUAUAACGUCUCUAUUAGGUAUGAGGUACUCUAACAUAUAUACUAUAAUAUAAUGCAAAAAUUAUUUUAAUUUCAUAUAUUCUAUCAAUGUUCCUACAUAAUUUGGACAUUUUUUUUUGGAGUCUAGGAGGCACUAAGAGAAAUUAAUAACAUGCCAACGCUCAUACCACAAGGUUAAAAGACAGAAAGACACCAUAUCUUCACUUAUGUAUACGAGUCACUUCUCUUAUAUUUAAUAUUUUGCUCAUUCAUAUAUAGAUGAUACAAGACUAACAACUCACAUUUGAGUUCUGAGCUCUAUACUUGACCCAAAAUCAUACCCACUUCCGUUCUCUCACUAAACUGAAUGAGAGCCUUGAUAUCACUUGUUGAAAAGUUCGGAAAAGCGCCGAAAACAACAAAAAAUCAAUGCUCCAAGAUUACAAAAAAAAGGGAUACCGCAUUUUUAUUCAAAACUUUAAGUCAUUAGGUAUAUGAAUCACCUCUAUUAUACAUCCAAUAUUUUGCUAUGAUACCCAAUUUUUAUCUUUUGAUUUUAAAGUUUCUACAAUUUUCUUAAUUAAUAAUGAUGUCAUUCCACUUCCUAUUUGGUUAAUUAAAACAAAGUAGUAUAGAGGUACACGUACACCCGUGAUAAACAGUACUAUAUUGGUUAAUAAAAACAAUGCAUACGCAGGAACCCGUGAAAAACCAUACAAUGUAUGUAAUGCACCAAACCAACACACCAUGAGAAAAAAAAUAAAUUACAAUUUUCAGUCACUGUCUCUUUUUGUUUUACUCACGUUCUCUUGUAAAAUAAUAAUAAUAAAAAAAACAGAAUCAUUUUUACUUAAAUAGAUAUAAAUGCACCACAUUUUUGCUCAACUUCUUAGCCUUUAAAAUCCCAUUGCGUGGAAGUGGAGUCAUUCUAUACUACUAACAAAAAACAAUGGAGAAACUUAUUACAAGUUGUUGGUCAAAUUUUCAAUCUGUUCCUGGGAACUACAUAUUUCCACCAGAAUCAAGACCAGGGAAUGUCAAAGUCCCAUUCAGCAAUAGCAUUCCGGUGAUUGAUCUAAGUGAAGCACAUAAGGGUGAUAGGACCAAUACUAUUCAGAAAAUUAUAAAAGCUGCUGAGGAGUUUGGAUUCUUUCAGGUUAUUAAUCAUGGAGUUUCAGUAAAUGAAAUGAAGGAAGCAAUGAGCGUCUUUAAGGAGAUUUUUCAGAUGCCUGAAGAGUACAAGAAAAAGUUGUGUACUAAUGAUCCUUCCAAGCCAUGUAAGAUGUUUACUAGCAGUUUUAACUACGCAACGGAAAAGGUUCAUCUUUGGAGGGACAGUCUUAGGCACCCAUGUUAUCCUUUGGAGCAAUGGCAACACUUAUGGCCUGAAAAUCCAACUACUUACAGAGAGUGUGUAGGGAAUUUCUCAAAUGAAGUUAAGGAAUUGGGUUCAAGGAUCAUGAAUUUAAUAAGUGAAGGACUUGGUCUUAAAUGUGGAUAUUUUGACAAUGAUCUUACAGGGUCGAUGAUUUUAUCAGUUAAUCAUUAUCCAUCAUGCCCUGAACCAAGUUUGACAUUGGGAAUGAGCAAACACUCAGAUCCUAACCUCAUCACUAUUUUAAUGCAAGAUGAUGUAUCUGGCCUUCAAGUAUUAAAGGAUGGAAAAUGGAUUGCUGUUGAGGUUCUUCCUCAUUCCUUUGUUAUAAAUAUAGGCUACGCAUUGCAGAUAAUCAGUAAUGGUAAGCUAAAAAGUGUGGAGCAUAGAGUUGUGACAAAUUCAAGUCAAGGUCGCACAACUGCUGCUUUUUGCUUAGCUCCUUCAGAUGAUUGUACUGUAGAGCCAGCUGAAGCUAUCACUGAUGAACACAAUCCACCAAUUUUCAAGUCUUUCAAAUAUAAGGAUUUCAUCUCCCACUACUUUAACAAAUAUGGAGACACUGUAGUUCUAAAAUCGUUUGUGGCACCAAAGAAUUAACUGAGAUAAUAUUUUGGAAAGUAAAAGUGUUGUAUUGAUUGUGUAAUGUUGGUACACUUACAGUUUGUUUGAGUGCUAUGACUUUUCAUUUUGAUAGUA